CGGCCAAUGAGAAGCGGCGUUGCUGGACGGCGAUUGCCUGUUUGUCUGCGCGAGCUGAUCGUAAAGGUUGUGUGUCUCGCACCGGAGCGAAGAAGAAGAAAAAAAUAAAGAAACAUUUAAAAUUAAUUGAGUAAAAAUUUCAAACCCCCCGUCGGUUCUGCCGCUUUGAAUCCCCGGUGGACUCGGAACGACCAGGUUCGGUUCGGGCUUCUAGUUUUUUCUGAGCUCCUGCGCUGACAUGGCAUAGAGAAAUGAGGGGAGACCUGAAAACACAGAGAAAGAGAGAGAGAGAGAAAGAAAAAUAAUUGGAGGAGAGGAGAGAGAGAGUGUAUCGGAGAAGAGAGAGAAAGUUCACUGUAUUUAAAAGGAUAUUUCUGAAGCGAGACUGAACAGAACUCUCAGAAAACAACACCUCUCUCUAAAGCAACAGGAAUGAACUGAGAGAGAGAGAGAGAGAGAGAGAGAGAGAGAGAGAGAAUCAGAGGAGAGAGAGCGCGAUAUAGAGAGGCAGAGAGCUGGACCACACACUACCCCCCCCCCUCCUAUUCCAUCCAUUCCUUUCCCUCCUCCCCAUGUCUUUUGGCUCCGUAGUGGGGGGGGGUCUCCAGCCUCUCUCCCUGACUGUGCCCCCCUCCUCCCUGCAGGACCUGACCCCUCUGGCCCCCCUCUCCUCCCUCACCGCCCUGCAGAGCUCCCUGGGUCCGGGGGUGGGGGGAGAGGAGCUGAGCGUGCUGGAGGCAGCCGUGAGCUCCCUGGCCGGUGAGAGCGGGGCCCCUAGCUCGGCCUCGGGCAGGGCUGCGGUGGCGGAGGGGAACCCGUUCCAGUGUCUGGAGUGUGGCAAGACGUUCAAGUGGUCGUCGCGGCUCAGCCAUCACCUGCGCAGCCACACCAGUGAGCGGCCCUACCGCUGCAGCCACUGCCCCAAGGCCUUCAAGGGCUCCUCCGCCCUGCUGUACCACCAGCGCGGCCACACGGGGGAGAAGCCCUACCACUGCAGCGACUGCGGGCGCAGCUUCAAGAGAGCCAGCCUACUGCAGGUCCACCGCAGCGUGCACACAGGUGUGCGUGCGUUCCAGUGUGCUCUGUGCGGCCUCUCAUUCAAGUGGAGCUCUCACUACCAGUACCACCUGCGUCAGCACUCCGGUGAGAGCCCGUACGCCUGCAGCAGCUGCCCCAAGAGCUUCAAGAGCUCGUCCAGCCUGCGCCGGCACCAGAGCGUGCAUUCGGGGGCGCGGCCCUACACCUGUCCCACCUGCGCCAAGACAUUCACCCAGUCCACCAACCUGCGGCAGCACCAGCGCACACACACCGGGGAGGAGAGGCCCCCCCGCCGGGCCCCCCGGCCCCGGGGCCACGGCAACGAGCAGAGAGACAACGCUGAGGACAGCAACGCCACGCUGCUCUACAAACUCAUUCACAACGAGAGCGUCGGCAGUGACAACGCGGGGCUGAACUACAGCGCUGGCAACCCUGAGGGCAAUGAAGACAGAGGCAGCGCUGGCAAUCCUGAGGGCAGUGAAGACAGAGGCAGCGCUGGCAAUCCCGAGGGCAGUGCGCUGCUGUACAGACUCACUCACAGUGUCGGCAGCCAUGCUAACGACAGCAGCGUCAGUGAUGAGAACACACUCCUGAACUACAGCGCUGGCAGUAACGACACUACGCUGCUGUACAGACUCACUCACAGCCAUGCGAACGACGGCAGCAACGCUGGUAACACUGACAGCCCCGCCCUGCUGUACAGACUCCCCCCCAGCGAUGCCGCUGCUGCCCUGAGCGCCCCGCCCCAGCGGCUCUGCUGCCCGCUCUGCCUCAAGCUGUUUAUCUCCCAGCCCUUCCUGCAGAAGCACCUGCAGAGCCACGCCAUCGAGCAGGCCUACGCGCAGGCUGGGGGGCCUGAGCCCACGGGAGAGGGGGUGUUUGUGGAGACGGUGGUGGAGACGCUGUACCGCUGUGGGGUUUGUGGCGAGACGUUCCGGGUGGAAGCUGAGCUGGAGAAGCACCAGCUGACCUCUCACCUGUCCUCCGCCCCGGAGGUCGUCGUGGAGACCAGCGGAGGAGGGGGCGGGGCUUCGGUGGUCGCUGGGGGCGGGGCUAACCCUAUACAGGGCAUCGCCAACGGCUGCCUGGUCUGUGGGAAGACUUUUAAAAACGCGUCGGGGCUCGCCAGGCACCGCUCACAGGCGCACCGACCCCUCCCUAGCCAGCCUCUGCUCCCCCUCGACCCCCCCGUGCCCCCUUCCCCCUCCCCUGGGGGGGGUGCCAGGUUCAAGUGUGCCUCCUGUGAGUGCAGCUUCUCCACACUGCCCAGCCUGCUGUCUCACCAGCGCUCACACUGCGAGGGGCAGGCGCUGCUCCCGGGCGCACACUGCCCCCUGCUGGAGGGGGAGAUCCCCUGCCAGCUGGGCAGCGUGGGGGCCAACGUCAGCCUGGUGGCCGUGCCGGCCUCGCCCCCCCCCUCGAACCCCACCCCAGGGACCCGGAGCAGCAGCCAGCUGGCUGGAGCAGAGCAGGUGGGGAGGACUGGGAAGCAGCAACAGCAGCAGCAGGGAGGCCCCUCGGACCGCCCGUUCCGCUGCUCAGAGUGUGGCAAGGCGUUCAAGGGCUCGUCUGGGCUACGCUAUCACGUGCGUGAUCACACCGGGGAACGGCCGUACCGCUGCACUGAGUGCGGCAAGACCUUCAAACGCUCGUCACUGCUGAACAUCCACCAGCGCGUGCACACCGGUGUGCGUGCCUUUACCUGCCCUCACUGCGCCCUCACCUUCAAGUGGAGCUCGCACUUCCAGUACCACCUGCGGCUGCACACGGGCGAGCGGCCCUAUGCCUGCCAGACCUGCGGCAAGACCUUCCGCAACACGUCCUGCCUGCGCCGCCACUCGCAGCUGCACUCGGGCCAGCGGCCGCACGCCUGCCCCACCUGCGGCAAGACCUUCACCCAGACCUCCAACCUGCGGCAGCACCAGCGCACGCACUCCGGCGAGCGGCCCUACGGCUGCCCGCAGUGCGGCAAGACCUUCACCCACUCCUCCAACCUGCAGCUGCAUCAGCGCACGCACUCCACUGAGCGGGCCUACCGCUGCCAGCUCUGCGGCAAGGGCUUCGUGAUGAACUCCUACCUGCAGAGGCACCUGCGCACCCACCAGGGCGGCACCACCGCCGGCGAGAGCAAGAGUCACAGCAUCAGCAAUAACAAUAAUAAUAAUAUCAAUAAUAGUCAUGCUAGUAAUACCAAUAGCAUCAGGGACAGCUCCACUGGGCACAGUGUCAUUCUCAACCCCCUCUCCUCCUCCUCCUCCUCUUCCUGCCCUGCUUCAGCUCACACCACCGCCACUUUGGUGUUUAACUCUGCUGCUGGUUCUGCUGCUGCUGGGAGCCAGGCCCUGAUCCUGGGUUCGAGCCCGGCUCCGGUCCAGCCCCAGGUUUUCAAUCUGCAGACCCAGCAGAUACAGCAGCAGCAGCCGCAGCAACAGCAGAAUUACUUCUUGAUUCAGACGCCCACGGGUCUGCAGCUCGUACCCAUCCCUCAGCCACCCCCGCCUCCGCCUCCUCCGCCACCCCAAAAGUUCCUCCUCCUGCAGUGCCCCCCGACGACCCCCGGGGGGUCCCCCAAACUCCUGCUGGUGCCCCAGCCCCAGCCCCAGCAGCAGAGCACCGCUGUGUUGCAGCCAGUAUCGGGGGCAGUGAUUGCACUCGGGGCUGCGCCGCGGCUGGGCGGUCUGGAGGGGAGCGGUUGUUCCCCGGGAAAGACCAGGAACCCCAGGAAGAGGACGAGGCAGGCCAGGAAGGGGGAGCUACCCCCGAACCCUGCGGCCAGCGCCCAGACUUCGAAUCCAGGGAGCGGAUUGGGGGCCAAGCCUGCAGGGAAGCUGGUUCUUGUGGGAAGCGUUGGAGGGGGAAGGGGAGGGGGGAGUAACGGUCCUAGCGCUGGCCCAGCCCCCCCUAUACAAACCAUCCUGACUGGGAGUAGCAGCCAGCCCCAGUCUAACCAGUCUGGGGCCACCAGUCCCGGCAGUGCCAGUGUCAGUGUGGGUGAGCAGGGCAGGAGUGAUGAUAUCCAUGAUAAUGAGGGCGGCGCGGUCACUAACCAGCUGGGACAACCCUGCCUCCGUACACCAGACACCCCGAUACUGACGAGGAGCCCCACAGUCCAGAACAUCGAGAUCCAGAUUGUACCGGAGCCCUGCGGGGAACCGUGUCAGAACCAGCCCGGGUCAGGGGGAGGGGAGCGGGAACAGUCCAUAGAGGCAGGAGAGGGGGUGAGAAUCGAGCACUCGACCGACUCGGAGCUUAACUGGACGGGCGAGGCGGUGCCACAGGAAGUGGAAGUGGAGGAGCAGGAAGUGUGUCACCAGGAACAGGAAGUGAAAGUGGAGGAACAGGAAGUGUGUCACCAGGAAGUGGAAGUGGAGGAACAGGAAGUGGAAGUGCAUCACCAGGAAGUGGAAGUGGAGCCACAGGAAGUGUGUCAACAAGACGUGGAGGAACAGGAAGUGCAUCACCAGGAACAGGAAGUGCAUCCACAGGAAGUGGAGGAGCAGGAACAGGAAGUGCUGCAGGACCUGCACAUUGAGACGGUGCAAACAGCGGGGGGGCUCAGGAACGUUCUGGUUUUGAGGGGUGCCGAUGGGGCCCAGACCCGACUCUGUGUGGAGGAGCUGGGGGUACCUGGGAACACCGGGGUGGGUCCGACACCCCUGGAACAGAAACUGCUGAUUAUUCGGAGUGCCGAGGGAGAACCGCACACACUGCAGAUACUUGAGACCUGCAGCCACACUGAGAACCACACUGACACUGGCACUGCUGACAUCAUACACACUGACUCUGACACUGCUGACAUCAUACACACCGACACUGACUCUGCUGACAUCAUACACACUGACUCUGCUGACAUCAUACACACUGACUCUGCUAACAUCAUACACACGGACACUGACACCCUCGUCCUGCAGAGCUCCACUGCGACCCCUGGGGCACACAGCCUCGCCACUGCAGCCAGCUCCCCCAGGAGCACAGAGACUGUCAACACUGCCCCCUGGAGGGCAGGAGGAGGUAGUGCAGCUCAGCACUGCGAGAGGGACUCUGAUCUGAGCAGCUCGUGAGCGCUCGCUCUCGCGGGAGCAGCGUUGAAUCUUACGCCAUUGUGUUUGAUUGUACCAGACCCGGACAAUUUUAAUUACAAUUACAGCUGGAUUGAUUGCUGAAAAUGAAUUUACCGUUCCAGUGCUACUCUGUCUGUCUGUCUGUCUGUCUGUCUGUCUGUCUGUCUGUCUGUCCAUCAAUUUUCUUUUGCAUCUCUGGAGAGCCACUUAUCAUGUUGUGAUUAAACAUUUCAUUGCUAA